GUGCUGCGCCGCGGCUGUGAGGCGCUGAGGGGAGAGGCGCCGCAGCCAGCACCACCGUGGGGACCCGUUAGAGCGGAAGCGCCGCCGCCGCCGCCGCCGCCUUCGCUGUCCCCGGCCACUAGGUUCCCGGUAGGUGGGAGGCGGGAGCCAUGUCGAAGCGGCUCCGGAGCAGCGAGGUGUGCGCUGACUGCAGCGGGCCGGAUCCUUCCUGGGCAUCAGUAAAUAGGGGAACUUUUAUAUGUGACGAGUGCUGCAGUGUCCAUCGGAGUCUAGGGCGCCAUAUCUCUCAAGUAAGGCAUCUUAAACACACACCAUGGCCUCCAACAUUGCUUCAGAUGGUUGAAACCUUGUAUAAUAAUGGUGCUAAUUCUAUAUGGGAGCAUUCUUUGCUGGACCCUGCCUCUCUUAUCAGUGGAAGACGCAAAGCUAAUCCACAGGAUAAAGUACAUCCUAAUAAAGCAGAAUUCAUCAGAGCAAAGUAUCAGAUGUUAGCAUUUGUCCACCGCUUGCCCUGCCGGGAUGACGAUAGUGUGACUGCCAAAGAUCUUAGUAAGCAACUCCAUUCAAGCGUGAGAACAGGGAAUCUUGAAACCUGUUUGAGGCUAUUAUCAUUAGGAGCACAAGCCAACUUUUUUCACCCUGAGAAAGGAAACACCCCACUCCAUGUUGCCUCUAAAGCAGGGCAGAUUUUACAGGCGGAAUUAUUGGCAGUAUAUGGAGCAGACCCAGGCACACAAGAUGCGAGUGGGAAAACUCCUGUUGAUUAUGCAAGGCAAGGAGGGCACCAUGAGCUGGCAGAACGCCUCGUAGAAAUACAGUAUGAGCUGACUGACAGACUAGCCUUCUAUCUGUGUGGCAGGAAACCAGAUCACAAAAAUGGACAGCACUUUAUAAUACCUCAAAUGGCAGACAGCAGCCUGGAUUUGUCUGAAUUGGCAAAAGCUGCUAAGAAGAAACUUCAGUCUCUAAGCAAUCAUUUGUUUGAAGAACUUGCCAUGGAUGUGUACGAUGAAGUUGACAGGCGAGAGACUGAUGCAGUCUGGCUUGCCACGCAAAAUCACAGCACCCUGGUGACCGAGACAACCGUCGUCCCCUUCCUUCCAGUCAAUCCCGAGUAUUCAUCGACACGGAACCAGGGCAGACAGAAACUAGCUCGGUUUAACGCCCAUGAGUUUGCCACUCUGGUUAUCGACAUUCUCAGUGAUGCCAAGAGGAGACAGCAAGGUAGUCCUCUCUCUAGUUCAAAAGACAAUGUGGAGCUCAUACUGAAAACAAUCAGUAACCAGCACAGUGGUGAGAGUCAGGACAAUGACCAGCCGGACUAUGACAGUGUGGCAUCAGAUGAAGACACGGAUCUGGACGCCACUGCGAGCAAAGCACACAGGCAGAAGAGCCUAGAUUCAGAUUUAUCAGAUGGACCAGUCACUGUGCAGGAAUUUAUGGAGGUCAAAAACGCUCUAGUGGCUUCUGAGGCCAAGAUACAACAGCUAAUGAAGGUGAAUAACAACUUGAGUGACGAGCUGAGAAUUAUGCAGAAAAAGCUUCAAACACUCCAGAGUGAAAAUUCGAACCUCAGGAAACAGGCCACAACCAAUAUAUAUCAGGUGCAAACUGAUUCUGAGUACACAGACACUUCCAACCACUCUUCUUUAAAGAGACGUCCAUCUGCCCGGGGCAGUAGGCCCAUGUCCAUGUACGAGACGGGAUCAGGUCAGAAACCCUAUCUCCCAAUGGGAGAAGUGAACCACCCCGAAGAGAGCAGGACGAGACUCCAGCCUUUCCCCGCGCACAUUGGGAGGAGUGCGCUUGUGACCUCCUCUUCGUCUCUGCCUUCCUUCCCCUCCACACUUUCCUGGUCGAGGGACGAGAGCGCCCGAAGGGCAUCCAGGCUGGAGAAGCAGAACAGCACACCUGAAAGUGACUAUGACAACACUCCCAAUGACAGGGACCCGGAUGACUUGGGGUCAAGCAGGAAGGGAAGGCAAAGAAGUACAGUGUGGCAAGGUGAUGGCUCAGGCCCAGAUGCGGCAGAGCCCCACACGGCCCCGAGCCCCGUCUUCCCCAGCACCGAAGACGUCAUCCGGAAGACUGAACAGAUCACUAAAAACAUACAGGAGCUCUUAAGAGCAGCCCAAGAAAAUAAACACGACAGUUAUAUUCCCUGCUCAGAGAGGAUACAUGUAGCUGUUACAGAAAUGGCAGCAUUAUUCCCCAAAAAACCCAGGUCCGACAUGGUGAGGACUUCCCUCCGCUUACUGACAUCCAGUGCCUACCGACUCCAGUCGGAGUGCAAGAAGACCCUCCCAGGUGACCCGGGCCCGCCCACGGACAUCCAGCUGGUCACGCAGCAGGUCAUCCAGUGUGCGUACGACAUCGCCAAGGCCGCCAAACAGCUGGUCACCAUCACCACCAAAGAGAACAACAACUGAAUGGCAGGGCUGGCCCGGCCCUUCUGUUUUUGAGGCUUUUCUAAGUCCGGUUUCCAAUUUAGACAUGGAACUCUUCCGAUUUUUACAGAAACAAACGUUUAAUGAAAAUUUAAAACUUUUUAAAAGAAAACUCAGUAUUAUUUUUGCAUGUUUUCUAACAAAUUUUCAACUAUUAAUUUAACCCACUUGCCUUACUUGUGCCUGUUUGCCAGUUUACCUUCUGACGUGCUGUUGUGCUGUCCGUGACCGUCGAGUUAAUGAUCAUAGAUAUCCAAAAGCAGAUCUUCACUGUUUAGAGUAUUUUAGAACUUUUCCAUGCCGUCAGACUCCUUGCCUAUGGCUAAAACUAUAAGAGAGAGUUUUACUGAAACAUUCUCUGGAGAGAGUUGGGUUAAAAAAAAAAAAAAGUCAACAUUGUCUGUUCCCUCUCAAGUAUUGUGCAAUAAGCAGAUUUUCCAGCCUCCACUGCAGAAUCUCUAAGUUUGGGGUAUCUCCAAGCAGGCAUGUUAGAGAAAGGACUUUGCCACUUUCUAAAAAUAGUGUAACAAUCUCUCUUGGAAGGAAACAAUGAAGUGUUCAAUUUCUUUUAACUGUUCUAUCAUAUUAGGUGUUCUCUCAUCUGAUUUUUCGAUCCUAUCUUCUAUUUCUGUUUUACUAUCAUCCUCAAGUCUCCAUGGCAUCCGAUAAGCACUCAUGCUCCCUGUCGUGUGUCCCUUGGCCGUGUUAUCACGUACACUCUGCGGAGUCUCAGUCCCACGAGCCGUAACUAAUUUUGUCCCUCCCCAUUCAGAUAGCACUGCCAUAAACGGUGACAGGAGCAGUGAUCUGCUCCCCUUACUCCUCUAGCCGCCUAAAGCCUUCCCACACGAUCUGCUUCGCAUAUCUCGCCACCUUUAAGGACUUCUUAUGAGGUAAGAUGUGUACAAUCACCUGAGUUCGCUUCUCUUCCAUUAUCUCACUGGUACUUCACAAUUAGACAUCACCUUUCAAGGGACUUCCAGUGCAGGGGGUGUGGGUUCGAUCCCUGGUUGGGGAGCAAGUUACUAAAAAGAGCUUUGUUGUUCUAAAAGCUAAAGCAUAUUCCUUCCUGCUUGUUCCCACAGUUUUGUGUGGGUGUGGCUCAGACCCUGACCUAGACCAGAGGGGCCAGGUGGUACUGACAUUGGUGAGUGAAGCGAGCCAGGUGCCCAGGGCAGGGGACAGUGGGGGAGCCCGUGGCACAUCAGUGGUCACAGCAGCUCCCUGGCUCCACUCAGGCUGCCACAUGGAAAAGUGGGCCUGGGGUUGCUGGAGCUUUGAUUUGUCAGGAGACACCAGAUAUUUUUUGUGCCGUCUCUCCAUUUGUAAAUGUUCGCAACUCAUCUAAAAGUGUUCACGGCACACGUGUGGGUAAGCUUCGGCCUCUAGGCUGCCAGCUCACAGCUCUGCUGUGUAGUGUGAGGGCCUGGCUUCCCUGGUCUCCCCCGGUUUAGCCUCUGAACCUUACCUGUAGCGUGGCCACCGUACCCUGUGAUCAGUUGCUGUUAGUCCUUGUCUCACCCAUCUUUUCUGUCCCAUAGCGCUCGUUCACACACGUGAAAAAGUCAAAAUAAUCAGAGUUGCCUAAAAACAUCCUCAAUAAGCCUGUAUUUUCACAGAACUGUUUGAUUCACAAACACCUUUGUAGUGUGACUGAAUGCUUUCGGAGAGGCGAACCGCAAUGGUGUUUGGUUUACUAAGUCACUGUGAGUGGGUGCUUUCGCCGGCUUUUGCUGCACUGAGUAGUGUGGGGAAAGGGUCCACAUCUCCAAGACUUGUCUGCACAAACCUAAGUGCCGUGCUCUUAUUGGAUGCUGAGGGGACGCCUUCUCGAGGAAUGUCUUCUACCUUAAGUUCAAGCACUGUCUGAGAACCUUUUCUGCAUGCUGCAUGUACCGGGCUGUCCCUCCUCUUCCUUGCAAACACGUGCCCUCCUGCCAGGCCUACAUGGGCUCCUCGGGAAAGGCCCAGCGGCAGUUCAGAGUCAGUGCCCUUGGCCUCCCGGGGAGGACGGGCUUCUGCAUAAUGAGUCGCCUGCGGUGGGUGAAGUGGUGUCUUCACUCCAGCACUCAGGACCUGCAGUGGAGGACGCUGUUCCGUGCCCCUGGAGAAAGUCAAGGAACGUGGGGACCACCAAAGCAUUUCCCGUUGUGAGAACGCCACAGGAGGUUGCUCUGUUAACCCACAGUGCCAAAACCCGGGAAGGAAGUUCCCAGGUGGAGUGACAGGAGGGCCACAGCUCGUCCUUCUCAUCAAAGUGCCCUGCCCGUUUCCUCGGCCCUGAGAGGCCGGGGUUAGAGGUCCCCGGGGCCUGCGGACAACUCGCACCUUGUCUGAACAGUCGUUCACCGUCUUUUGCACAUGGGUUCCACAGCCUUGCACUAGUGUCUGCGUUCUGUAAUGUCAUUCUCUUACCCUUGAUUCUCAAAUCCCCGCCCCCUCAAAAGCCCCUCGGAGCUGAGAGGUCGGAGGUAGGAAACCGGCAUUUGCCACUUGCUGGGGGAGACGGCUCCACCCCUGAGCUCCUUCAGCUGAAGUCAUCUUCUGCCUCGGCAUGCAAAUAGUUCUUACUUGCCAAAGAACAAUGAAUCGGGCCCAAAGACCAAAUACAGCAUCUCAUCGAUUGGAACUAUAAACGCACAACUCAGGAGCUGUCCUCCAAUUCCUCCAGCGGUUUAAGCUGCGGAACCAGAGUGAGACCAGCAUGAGUGUCCUCCGCAGCCACCCGGAGCUCCCAAAGCAGAGAGUUUUCCUUCUUUCCUUGUCCCGGUUGAAGGUCACCUUGAUUUUACAAAAGAAAAUGCUGCAUAGGAAAAAUGAAAUGCCUUUUAUUCCAAUGUGUUUUAUCCAUGUCACCCAUUAUUCUGUACUUAUUUUUCCUGUUUGUUGUACAUUCUAUUCCUGUAAUUAUUGUUCAACCCUUUAAGCGUUGUAAAAUCGUUUUGGAAUUUGUGCCUGCUAGUUAUGCAAUAAACAGGCUCUGUAAGUGUC